GCAUCGAAUGGCAACCCCGCGACGAUGGGCAAACCCUCUCCACGCCUGGAAAGCUGUGUGGUCCUUGCGAUCAGGACUUAUUUGAAAUGCGACCCAUUCCAUAUCGGUCGUUCCGCAUGCAACCUGAGCCACGGGACAGGACGCUAUCGCCGCGGGCCUUAUGGAAACGGGCUCAAUAGAAACUCCCGGCAAUAACAUGGAUAGGGACAUAUAAGUAGACCUUGAGGGGUACGAUCUCAUGUUUUUCCCCACUCAUGAGAUCCGCCGGUCUCACCCCGGACGUUUUACGACUUGUACUUGAGGCUGCGGCCAGAGACGAUGGAGGGACGGCGCGUUCGCUAGCAAGACUCUCGAGGGGCGUUCAAGCAUGGAUAGACCCGAUCCUCUACUCGGCGAUCCGGCUCUCUAAUCAUCGGAUGACUCUCGCGUUUCUCCGCACAAUGGAGAAAUCAUCCACCAAGCCACCGGCAUUCUUCACAUCGCAUGUGAAAGCCCUCUGCAUUCUCUACGAUAUGCUCCCGGCGCACGCGAGGCGAAUCACCGACGUAUGCACCAGAAUCGACUAUCUGACGACUUGGUUCCUCCCUACGACCUCCGGGAGCCUUGGCAGCCAGGAAUCGAUUGCGCAGGCAUUAUCCCCCCUCACUCCAAGCCGGAUGUCAGUUUGGCACGGGGCAACACAUCCGCAUCCCGCCGACCGAUGGCCAUUCACCGGGCCGCUAUUCAGCCAACUCACACACCUGACUAUCGUAAACGUCUGGGAGGACUGGGCCGGUUGGCGCUGGGACGCCCUUCCCCCGACUCUGCUCUACAUCUCACUCGAUCUUGCAUUCAAGAACACCGGCGCUUCGGGUGGCGAGCUGCCGACAAAGGGCAGAGUCGCCGCGACAGUCCAUCGUGUACUCAACGAGUGCCCCAACCUGCGUGUCUGCGCCCUGCGAGAUGCGGCUGAUUUCGAGCAGAUGGGACCAUUCGGGCAGGUGCUAUCGCCUAGUCCGAAACAGCUUGACACUGCGCUAUCACUCCGCGCUCUCAUCGUUGAUGCUCUGCGCGUCCUCGGCUGGCUGGACCACCGGAUACUGUUCUUCUCCCUCCGAAAUCCGGUGCCAUUGCGCCAAGCUCAUGACGAUCGCGAAGGGAGAAUAUGGUCGACCCUGGAACCUGUGGUGAAGCAUAGGAUGGGGCGUGAUUAUGAUGCUCGCGAAGUCUUGCUAGUCUCUUGAUGCACCCUGAGUUGGUGCUGUACCUUCAGAUAGCACAGUCGCACAGUCAAAAUUCCUCACUGGUAUCCUAGAUCACCGCAAAGCGAAUCCGGUUCUCCAUCGUUCAAUACAAUCUCGCUAAUCGUGUCCCUGAAAGUACGCUCAAUGAUAUGUAUAAUCAAACGAUCAAUCCGAGACAGUCGACGGUAUCAAAUUGUGUUCGUUUUAUGGGGGCAAUCACUGGACAUUCAAAGAAAAAGAAGAUCCCGUUUCAUGAUCCGGAUUAGCUAGCUACCAGAUUUCCAGUAUGUCGUCUUGAUCUCAAAUAGGAAAGUGACCAAGGACUAUUCCUCCUCCUCGAUAUAUGAGGAGAAAGCAG